UCCGCGAGUCAACAUGAAAGCGUUCUUGGUAUUAGCAGCCGUUGCGGCUAUCGGCUCGGCAAGACCCGAGGCGGGAUACAGUUACAACGCCCCAGGAGGAGGUGGACUCGGUGGCCACGGUGGCGGCAUCGGUGGCGGCAUCGGUGGAGGCAUCGGUGGUGGACAUGGGGGUGGCUUCUCAUCCGGCGGUCUGAGCUCCAGCAGCUUCGGUGGAAUCGGAGGCGGACUCGGCGGUGGCUUCUCAUCAGGAGGCGGCGGUGGUUUCUCAUCAGGAGGCGGCGGUGGCUUCUCAUCAGGCGGCGGCGGUGGUUUCGGAGGAGGCAUCGGAGGAGGCGGUGGCUUCGGAGGUGGCUUCGGAGGUGGCAUUGGAGGCGGCGGCUUCGGCGGCGGCGCUAUUGUCCAGAAGCACAUCUACGUCCACGUCCCACCCCCAGAACCCGAAGAACAACGCCCCCAGAUCAUCUCCGGCGGAUCCAUCCCCCAGAAGCACUACAAGAUCAUCUUCAUUAAGGCCCCAGCACCUCCCGCACCCGUCGCACCCAUCAUCCCCGCUCAGGCCCAAAACGAAGAGAAGACCCUCGUCUACGUGCUGGUCAAGAAGCCCGACGAACAGCCCGACAUCACCAUCCCAACUGCCGCUCCCACUCAGCCCUCAAAACCAGAAGUAUACUUCAUCAAGUACAAGACCCAGAAGGAGGGUGGUAUCGGUGGUGGAGCUAUCGGCGGCGGUCUCGGAGGUGGUCUUGGCGGUGGUCUCGGCGGUGGUCUCGGCGGUGGUCUCGGCGGUGGUCUCGGCGGUGGUCUGUCCGGCGGCGGCAUUGGCGGUGGUCUCGGCGGCAUUGGCGGAGGCAUCGGCGGCGGUCACGGUGGCAGCAUUGGCGGUGGUCUCUCCGGUGGCAGCAUUGGCGGUGGUAUCGGCGGUGGUCACGGUGGAUCCGGUGGCAUCAUCUCCGGCGGACACGGCUCCAGCUCGGGCUCAGUCAGCUCGUCCUACGGCCCACCCGGACAGUCCGGCCCUUACUAA